GUCGACCGGAGUGUGUAUCGAACUCUGAAUGCUCACGGGAUACGGCUUGUAUUCAGAACCGCUGCAAGGAUCCUUGCCCGGGCGUUUGCGGAUACAAUGCCGAGUGCAGUGUGAUCAAUCAUACACCAACGUGUACGUGUCCCGAAGGCAUGAUCGGAAACGCGUUUGAGCAGUGUUCAAGAAAACCAACGCCGCCAGUGCGUGAUGAUCCUUGCUAUCCAUCGCCUUGUGGAUUGAAUACGGUAUGUCGCUCGUCCAACGGAAACGCUGUCUGUGAAUGUUUGCCGGACUUCAAGGGAACGCCGUUCGGUAGAGGAUGUUAUCCGGAAUGUACGAUCAACUCUGAUUGUCCAAGGGAUAGAACAUGCGUCAACAAGAAGUGUGUUGAUCCAUGCCCAGGCGUCUGCGGCUAUAGAGCUGUUUGUCAUGCGAUAAACAACAGUCCUGUUUGUUCCUGCCCGAGCAACAUGAUCGGUGAUCCAUUUGUGGAAUGUAAGGAAGCUCCCCCGAAAGAUCCAUGCAAUCCUUCGCCGUGUAGAACGAACGGAGUAUGUCGCGUUGUUGGUGGAAGAGCCGAAUGUCAAUAUCCGGAGUGCGUCAUCAACUCGGACUGUUCAUCGAACCGAGCAUGCUUUAAUCAGAAAUGCAGAGAUCCUUGCGCAGGUGCUUGCGGAGUCAACGCCAUCUGUAACGUAGUCAAUCACUCGCCAAUUUGCUCGUGUCCAGAUCGCCAUGUCGGGUCACCGUUCGUGCAAUGCAACCGACAGAUGGAUCCGAUCCCACAGCCAGAAUGUACCGCCGAUGAUCACUGCACCAAUGAUAAGGCUUGUAUCAAUCAGCAAUGUGUAAAUCCAUGUACGGCUAACAAUGGCUUGUGUAAUCUGAACGCCGAAUGCCGAGUACAGUUCCACCGAGCAAUCUGUACAUGCCGCGAAGGCUAUACUGGAAACGCACAAGUUGCAUGCUACGAAAUAGGCUGUAGAGCAGACUCGGAUUGUCCAGCAACGGAAGCGUGUGUUAACAGAAAUUGUGUAGACCCGUGCAAAUAUACUCAGUGCGGAAGAAACGCAGUCUGCCGAACGGAUUACAAUCACAACGCCAGAUGUCAUUGCAUGGAUGGUUACAGAGGCAACCCAUUGACAGGUUGUACCCGACCAGAAUGCACCAGAGAUGACGAAUGCCCCUAUCAUCUGUCGUGCCAGAACGAACAGUGCAGAGAUCCAUGCAACUGUGCACCGGGAGCUCAAUGCAGAGUUGAUAACCAUCGUGCAUCGUGUAGAUGCCCUCCUGGAUACACAGGAGAUGCCAGCUUUGCUUGCGAAAAAAUACCAGUUCGGGAUCCCGAUCAGUGCAAAAUGGACGCCGAUUGUUCAAGUAAAUUGGCCUGUUUCAGCGGAGUGUGCAAAAAUCCAUGUCAUGAAACUAAGCCAUGCGCUGAACGUGCCAUUUGUACGGUUCAGGACACACUACCUCUGCGCACAAUGUAUUGCGUAUGCGAAGAAGGUUACGCAGGCGAUGCAGAGAAACAAUGUUCACCAGAAUCGACUGUUGUACCAGGUUGCAGUUCGGACGUUGAAUGCGCUGCCACAGAAACAUGCCGAAACCGAGUGUGUGUCAACCCAUGUACGGAGUUCAAUCCAUGCGCCAGAACCGCGGAAUGUUUGGCUCAAAGUCACAAGGCCAUUUGCUCGUGUCCGAUCGGCAUGGUGGGCGAUCCAUUCCAGAACUGUUACCGCGAACCAGUGGUCACGGUCGAAUGCACAGUGGAUACGGAAUGUGCAAGUGAUCGUGCCUGUAUCAACCAGAGAUGCCAGGACCCAUGUGCCGAAGGUAACCCAUGCGCAGGAAAUGCAGAGUGCCGAACACUGUACCACAGACCACUGUGCAUGUGUCCUCGAGGCUGGGGAGGAGAUCCGAAAGUACAAUGCUACAAACCGGAAUGUCAAAACGAUAAUGACUGUCCAUACGAUAAGGCCUGUUAUAACGAGAAGUGCUUGAACCCGUGCACAUACGGAGCAACGCAAUGUGGAAGAGGAGCCGAAUGUUUGCCGCAAGGCCAUCGUGCCAACUGUGUCUGCCCGCCAGGUACUCAAGGAAACCCUCUUAUUUCAUGUGUAACAGGACUUUGUCAGUAUAACGAAGAUUGUGCUGAUCACGAAGCGUGCGACCGAUUGAACAGAGUUUGUCGACCAGUAUGUGAUGGUGAAACCUGUGCUGCCAAGGCUACCUGCAUAGGCCGCAAUCAUCAGGCAACGUGCGAAUGUUCUGUUGGAACGAGAGGCAAUCCUUAUGUUGAGUGUCUACGAGACGAACCAGAACCGGAGUGUAGAUCCGAUAGCGAUUGUCGCUCGCAACAAGCAUGUCUCAACAGCCGGUGUGAUAAUCCUUGUACACAAAUCAAUCCAUGCUCGCAACAACAGACUUGCAGCGUUGUGGACACACUUCCGUUGAGAACGAUGAUUUGCGCUUGCCCAUCGGAUAUGUUGGUCGAUGAUAACGGACAAUGUAAACCAAUAGUUGUGGAAGGAUGCCGUACAGACAGUGAUUGUCCGGAUACGGAUCGCUGUGUAAGAGGUCAAUGUACGCUAGCAUGCCGCGCCGAACCUUGUGGAAUAAACUCAUUGUGCGAAUCACGUGGCCAUCAAGCUCGUUGCGCUUGUCCACCAGAGUACGUCGGUAAUCCACACAUUGAGUGUACACCAGAAGCACGAGUACCCAGCUACAAGGAAUGUACAGUAGACAGCGACUGCCCAUUGGACCGUUCGUGUUUCAACGAACGUUGCGUUAAUCCUUGCACUGGUGAUGCCUGCGGACGUGGCGCCAUCUGCCAUGUAAAAAAUCACAAUGCUGUUUGCAAUUGUCCGAAUGGAUAUACCAAGGACAGAAACAAUAACUGCAUACCACCUUCCGCCGACCUACCCAAGUGUCAAUCGAACUCAGACUGUACCUCAAGUGAAACGUGCGUCAAUGAAAUCUGCGCAAAUCCAUGUAACUGCGGACAGAAUGCAGACUGUUACGUCAAGAAUCACUACCCGGUAUGCAGCUGCAAGCCUGGAUAUUCCGGUAACGCCCAGUUCGGUUGCUUCAAGCUGGGAUGCAGCGCAGACAGCGAAUGUGCCAACGACAAGCAAUGCUUCAACGGCGAAUGCCUGAACCCGUGUGCUUUGGAGAAUCCUUGCGCCUUGAAUGCUGAAUGCUACGGUGACAAGCAUCGUGCCGUUUGUCGUUGCUUGCCUGGACUGGAAGGUAAUCCGUUCGUACAGUGUAGACGAGUGGAGUGCCACUUUGACGGAGAAUGCCCGGACAAUCGAGCAUGCGUACAGGAACAAUGCGUUGACCCCUGUAGUGCGAUGGCACCAUGUGCUCAGAACGCCAUUUGCUUUACUCGUGGUCACGCACCGCACUGCAAGUGUCCCGAUCAUCUACCAGAUGGCAAUCCAUUCUCGUAUUGCGAACGUAGAGUCGUACAACACAAGCCGGAAUGUACACUGGACGUAGAUUGCCCAAGUCGAUUGGCCUGUAUCAACAACAAAUGUGUAGAUCCAUGUAAAGAACUGUUGCCUUGUGCCAGGUCAGCUAAGUGUACAGUGCUGGAUUCGGUUCCAGUGCGUACCAUGGUCUGCGAAUGUCCUGAACUACACGUACCCGAUGUAAAUGGCGAAUGCAAACGCAUUGUUUUGCAAACACCACCGGAGUGUACCAGCGAUUCGGAGUGUUCGGACAGAGAGGCGUGUAUCAACCGACAGUGUAGAAAUCCAUGCAACUGCGGAGAGAACGCAAUGUGUACAGUAAAAAACCACAGAGGAGUCUGCUCUUGCGAGAAUGGCUUUGAAGGAAACCCGAAUAUUGCCUGCCGAACAAUUGGCUGUCGAGUAGAUUCGGAGUGCGAAUCAAGCAAGGCAUGUAUCAACGGAAACUGCGUAAACCCAUGCUUAGACAACGAUCCAUGUGGAAUCAAUGCUGAAUGCUAUGCAGUUGCAAACCGCGCUGAAUGCAGAUGCUUGAGUGGAUAUCGCGGUAAUCCGGUGGUGCAGUGUACGGUUGUCGAGUGCCGCAGCAACAACGAUUGUCCUAACGAUAAACAGUGUCGUAAUACACAGUGCGUAGAUCCUUGUAUCUACGACAGCUCAUGUUCACCAAGAGCAGAGUGUAAGGCGCAGAAUCACCUAGCAGUAUGUAGAUGUCCACCAGGAUUGGUAGGAAAUCCUUAUGUGGAUUGUCGACCGGAGAUUGUACCGGAGUGCGUAUACGACACAGAAUGUCCUUCGCAUCUUGCUUGUAUUGAGAACAAAUGCGUGGAGCCAUGUGGAGUUCUACAGCCGUGCAACCUACCAGCCAGAUGUGAAGCCAUUCCAUCUUCGCCUGUAAGAACUAUGAUUUGCGUCUGUCCAGACGGUUAUGUUAGCAGUGGAAGCGGAACUUGCAAACCAGUCGUCAAGUCGGGAUGUAUUUCAGAUUCAGACUGUUCGAGCGAUACCGCGUGUAUCAACAGCAUUUGCAGGAACCCUUGCAACUGUGGACCAAACGCCGAAUGCAGAAUCAAAGACCACAAACCGGUUUGUUCGUGUAAACAAGGAUUCGACGGUAACCCAGAGAUUGAAUGCGUCAAGAUUGAAUGCCGAGUAGACGACGAUUGUUCAGGACAGCAUUCUUGCAUCAACCGACAGUGUGUCCCGGUGUGUUCGAUUGACUCCUGCGGUAAACAAGCCGAAUGUUAUGCACAGAAUCAUCGUGCGAUUUGCGAAUGUUUGCCAGGAUAUGAAGGAGAUGCACGAAUCAGCUGUAAACUGCUAGGAUGCCGUGCUGACUCGGACUGUCCAUUGGAUAAGGCAUGUAUUAACGGAAAAUGUGACAACCCUUGCGAAAGCCAAGCAAUUUGUGCCCAGAACGAACUGUGCCAGGUGUAUCAGCACCGUCCGGAAUGUGCCUGUCCGCCACCAUUCGAAGCAGAUCCUAUCAGUGGAUGCGUUCAGCGAGACGAUCGGUGUCGAACAGACGGAGAAUGUCCAUCGCAGACGGCCUGCAUCCAAGGAGAAUGUGUCAACCCGUGCAACGUAACAGAACCAUGCGGCGUCAACUCGAUGUGUAAGGUUCUGGAUACGCUGCCGGUUCGUACGAUGAUUUGUGAGUGCUUGCCUGGUUACCAGGGUAAUGCAGCAAUUCAAUGCGACAAAAUGGCUCUUUGUCCAACGGAUCGAGGUUUCAUACGAAAUGCCAACGGUGAAUGCAAAUGUCCACCAGGUUACGGUCUGAGUAUUUACGAAGACUGUCAAAUCUGCCGUGAAGAAGAUGGACUGAAGGUAGAUCAAGCCGGACGGUGCGUAUGUGCCUUGGAACGAGGAAUGAUCAUAGACGAGCGGGGACGCUGCAUAUGUCCAAUCGACCACGGCUACCGUUUGACGGAACGUGGCGAAUGUGUCCGUACGGCAGUUCCGGAGUGUACACGCGACAGCGACUGUCCAGUGUACAGAUACUGCAAUGAACAGACCCGUACAUGUGAAGAUCCUUGCGCAACCAAGCAUUGCGGAACGAAUGCUCUCUGUAAUGCAACGAACCACCAAGCUGUGUGUCAGUGCAUUGCAGGAUACACUGGAAAUCCAGAGCUACAUUGCAAUCAAACAACCAAUUUCCGAACGGACUUCCCACAACCGGACAUGCAAGUAACGUGUCAGGCUGAUGGUGUCCAGGUGGUAAUCGACCUGAUGGAGUCCAACUUCAAUGGAGUGCUCUACGUGAAGGGCCACAGCAAGGACGAAGAGUGUCGACGCGUGGUUAACCUUGCAGGAGAUUCGUCCCAACGGACACAGAUAUUCAAGGUUCACUUCGGCAGCUGCGGCUUAAUUCACGUAAACGGUGUUGCCAGUUUCAUACUGGUGAUACAGAAGCAUCCGAAGUUGGUGACGUAUAAGGCCCAGGCAUACCACAUCAAGUGCGUCUACCAGACAGGCGAGAAGAACGUCACGCUUGGAUUCAACGUGCAGAUGUUGACGACGGCCGGUACCAUUGCCAAUACCGGACCACCGCCAACCUGUGCCAUGCGGAUCGUUGCCUACAACGGCGAGGAGAUCAACUCAGCCGAAAUUGGUGACAAUCUGCGGCUGCAAGUCGAAGUUCAACCAGCAACCAUCUACGGUGGAUUUGCACGUAGCUGCGUCGCCAAGACGAUGGAGGACAGCGUUGAGAACGAGUACAUAGUCACGGACGAGAAUGGCUGCGCCACGGAACCGAGCAUCUUCGGCGACUGGGAGUACCAAGCGGAAACCAACAGUCUGCUGGCCAGCUUCAACGCGUUCAAGUUCCCAUCGAGCGACAACAUACGCUUCCAGUGCAACAUCCGGGUAUGCUUCGGCCGGUGUCAACCGGUCAACUGCCACGGAGCAAAUGCAUAUGGCAAGCGCCGACGACGUGCUAUCACCGAUAUGAACGAAAUCGAGAUGAUGCUCAACAGGACUCGACGGGCCACCAGCAGCAAUACAGCGCUAGCUUCCGAUGACACACUGGGUAUCGAGGGAACACUGCGAGAGGAGAUAACGAUCCAGUCGAAUGCCAUUCUGACGCUGGAGAGAAGGGAGGAACGUUCCUACGAUUCAGACAACAUAACUCCCGCCGCUCAACGUGUCGAAGAUAUUUGUGUGUCGAUGAUUGGACUUAUCAUUGCAUUGGUAAUAACAGCGCUGUUGGCACUGGUGGCCGUGGCUGUGGCAGUUUCCUGUUGGCUAAUGGCCUACAGGAGACGUCCAACGGUAACCGGACCACUGCCACAUCCGCCGGAAUUUCCGAACCCACUGUUUGCCCACCAUGAACCUUCGGAGCCCUCGCACGACUACAUGACAUAAGUAAUAGACUGCGUGCAAAGCUCCAAGAUGGGCAACACUGUAAAUGUCAACUCGUUAGAAGUAAACAAACUACAAAACAAAUCUGUGAAUAAUGUCAAGUAUCGCAAGUACCAAGAAUACAACGAAUUCGAACGAAAGUAGAAAGACUAGGAUAGGAAAGAUGAACAAUGUAAAUAGAUACUUUAUAACUCUUACUUCCAUGCUGGACAGUGACACCCUUCGAUCUACGGAAGAAACGGUGCUCUAACCUCAAUGCAACUACCCCAGAUGCUGUCCAUUAUUGCUUUACAAACAAACGUGACAAAGCAAACAACCCUAGGUCGUAGAUCGUUUUUAUUAUGGAAUAACUGGGAACACUGUCACUCGGGAUCUAGUUCCACAGUGUCGUUCUCGCAAACGAAAAACUAGUUCACCUCAUGUAAAAAGCAAUUUAUAGAACAUCGAGAAACCUGACGACCGUAAUGCAACCUCAACCUCGUUAGAAAAUAGAACACCAUUUGUCUCGUUUCUCGAUAAACCUACUCAAGCGUAAACAGCUGGGAACAGUGUUGCCAGAUUCUCCGAACCUGCCUCAACACCAACCCGAUUGACAGUAUUCCCCUUAGGACAGAAUCGCGUACAUCUCCUCCGCGGGCCGUUGCUAGUCUUUUAUUUAUUAAUGUUAUUAUUGUAUUUAGUAAGAGAUUAAAUCACUUUUCUUUUACGAAAAAUCAAACUCCUUCGCUACUUGAAAAUGCUCCAUUUUUGUGGUGGAGGGUCCCAGUUCUAGUUCCGUACUAUUUUCUGUAUUUCUUCUUGAUCUAUUCGGCACAACCGCAAAGCAACUACACUAUCGUGCAUUGCCAUACAUAUUGUUCACAGAAAUUUUCUCUCCAAACUCUUAUUUUUGAUCUUUUGCACGCAAAAUGGACAAUGUUAUCGGUGUUAUUUUCUUAAUAUAAUUGUUUUAGUUGUAAUUUAUUGGAAAUUUUAUGAAUAUACAGAACAAAAACGAAUAAUCUCGGCCCCCGGAGGAUUUGUCUUACCUAUGUUAGUGAAAGUAAACAAAAAAAACGAGAGAAAUUUAUAGUUGAAACGUUAAUUGUAAUAUAAAAAUGAAAAACAGAACGCACCACGUAGUCAUUUUAUAGCUAAUCUAAUCUCAAUGCGAGAAUCAUGAACGAAACAUACGAGAUUUUCGUUUCACUUAACUAUACAUAACUAUCGAAUACUGCCAUUUCAAAAUUCAUCAGUAGUCCAGCCCAAACUUUACUCCACCAAGUAACUAAAGGCAAAUAUAUAUGACCAAUAUCUGAGGAACAAAGAUGUGAAAGAAGCAGCGAGCUUUCAGUUAUUUUUGUUUCUCGGGUAUAAUCUGUACCUUGUUUUGGUAUUUGCGGAAGUCAUGUGAAAGCUUGAAUACCUCGUUAAAUUCUCAAUCAAAAAAAAAGUUCAGAAACAAUACACUGCUAAAUCGUUGAAAACUUUAUACUGCCUUUUGAAAAUACUGAAGUAUGUCCCCUAAAUCGCUUGUUUUCUAGUUAUCCUAACCUAAUUGCACGUCUCCAAGAGACACAACCGUGGCAGUGCAAGCCUAUUUCCUUGUAAUAUUUUAGAGUUUAGCAUAUUUUGGCAAAAUUCCCCCUCUGGUUGUUCUUUAAAAUGGCUACCUAGGCCGCGAUAUUUAUGUUUAUAAACUAUAAACUGAUAACAAUGUCAACUAUUAAGACUGGAUUAACAUUAAUUGAGGUAACGAAAAAAAGCGAAAGUAAAAGAAGCACUAUAUAUUUCCCAACUGUUCCAGCACGACAGUCUGCGCGCGAUUUUUUUCCCAGUGUAAUAUUUUUUUAAUCGAAAUGUAAAAUUAAUGCGAAACAUGUGAGCAUGUCACCUCAAAGAAAACGUUAAUAAAAUGAACUAAAAAAAAAAGAUACUAAUAAUAAAAA